AUGGACUACAAACUUGCUGUUGUAAUAUUGACAGCAGUAGCCUGUUUCAGUCUAAAAGAUAAUUCUGUGUUGGCUCAAUCGGAAUGUUCCUUGGUUGAAAACACCUCCGACAAGUGCCGUAGUGCCAAUUAUAUCAAAAUCCUCGAGCAAGAGGUACACAAAGGUAUGGAAAAGAGAAUUAAACUUCCAGGCAGGCAAAGAGAAAUCAGAUGGUUCUGCGGGUCAUCAGAAGAACGUACUGCAUGGGACACCCCUGCCAAUCAGCUUCGAAUCACCUGCCAGAGCGACGGAACAGUCCGAUGGAACGUUUACGACUGCCCCGACCUCUCAGGGCCAACGAAAGCUGGAUUACGAUGCGCGGUUCCAGAAACCACCGAGUUCUGUCCUAAAUUUAAUGGAGCAAACUCCAGUGCUUGUGUCUCCGAGUUGAAGAAGUCAAUUUCUCAUGUGGAUCAGAAGACUACGACAGUAUCAGUCACUGGGACUCUGAGAGCGGAGGUAGAAAAGAAGGCCGGCCCGCUGACAGCAAAAGGUUCUUCUGAAGUACAAGGCGCAGUCUCGCAUUCCAUCACCAAAGCAAAAAUCGUCACCUACUAG